AUGGCAAGUGCAAACACAGGCGGCUUUCGCCUUGUGAGGUGCCCAAAGUGUCUUAACAUUCUACCUGAACCUGCAAAUGUUUCAGUCUACCAGUGCGGUGGAUGUAACACCACUCUUAGAGCUAAAAUCCGUGUCAGCGAUGCACAAAAUGUGGCUACCAAACAAGUUCGACAAGACUCUGGGGAUUACUCUGUUGUUCCCUCUGUGAGCAAUGGGGUGUCGACAAAACAAGUUCGGCAAGACUCUGGUAAUUACUCUGUUGUUACCUCUGUGAGCAAUGGGGUGUCUCCCCAAAGCAACGAACUGGGUUCCAUUGGUGCAGCUGCGGAUGAUUCCAUAACUCUUGGUGCUCCAAGCACCGAGAUCGAGCAAGAGGGCAAUGACAUCGGAAGCAGCGAGAAGGGUGAUAUUAUGUCAGAUGAGGAGAAUGUUAUGGACGUUGCAAAUACUGAAAGCAGCAAAGACGACAGUUCUGAUGGCCAGGACACCAAUGGAGAAGUAGAAGAUCUUGCUGCCCUUGUACAACCCAGUGGGAAUGGCACACAUAUAGUGGAUUCUGACAAAGAAGAGAACGACACGGUGGAGCAAAGUGCAGGGAAUAUAGAGGCUUGCGAGAUAAACGAAGAUGGUAAUAUGGAAAGCAGACUGAAUACCUCAGAACAGAACAUACCGUUAUCCGAGGAAAGAGAAUUAGCUAGCAAUUUGCCAGAAUCUGAGGAGAGUGGAGCACGCAAAACUGAACCCGCGGCAAGCAAGAGAAGCAAACUCGUAAGGGUGCAUUCUCAGUCUUGUGAUCUCCGAGAAGUGCCUGCAGUAUCAGUUGACUCCCUUGCUUUCCACUCUUCCCGGACUUCAUUCCAGUCAAAAAGCUUCAGGGCAAGCGAACCCCUUCAAUCGAAGAUUAUGAAGACGGUGGAUGAAUUGAAAGGUGACCUUUCUGAAAUCUUCAAUGAACCUUCAGAUUGCAAGCCAAGGGCACACCGUCCACAUCCGCUGAAACAAGAUGGUUACAGCCAACCUCUUACAGCUUAUCAUCCCGCCGUCAAGCAUUCUGGCUAUGCAUCUCGCCUGAGCAGGUCUGGCCAAGUUGCUCCCCAUGGCCAUGGACCGCCCUUACCGCGGUAUGGCCGGCGCAGCGCCUACUCAUACAUUCGCAGUGGGCAACUGGAAAUGAGACCUUGCCCUCACCAAUGCCACCACAGCUGCCGCCCACCUUGUUGCAGCUCCUGGAAACAAGAACCUGCACCGCAGAAGCCACCAGCUAUGGAGACAAAGCGGCGGCCUGCCUCGAGAAAUCUCUGCCGGCCAGUCCUACGGGGCGCGCCGUUCGUCCUUUGCUCGAACUGUCUGAGGCUCGUCCAGCUGCCCACCGAUUUUGCCAUUCCGAGCAGAGGAACACGCAGGCUGCAGUGUGGCUCCUGCGCGCAAGUUCUCUCCUACUCGUACAGAGACCCCAACAGAAAGAAACUUGAGUCACCAUUUGGGGGCGAUGAGUCCAGCACAGAUGACUCGGAAAUUCACCAGGUAGGCGAUGACCAUAACACUGGUGUCCAUCAAGCUGAACCAUACUCGUACUCGUACUCGGAAGAAUACGGCAUCUCGGCUGGUGUGAGCUAUUCUACCGAGGACGAACGGCCCCUGCAUGUGUCAAGGAACUCAUCUUUCAACACCAUUGAUGAAAGAAGUGGCAAGGAGUCUAAGCUUCAUCGGUUGAUGGGGUACUCUUCAGCGAGUGAGCUGAUGCGGCAUUCUCCUGAUCUGUAUGAGAGUUUCAGCAGACGAACGCCUAAUGCAAGAACAUAUGACGUGAAGGGGAAAGGCGUUUGCAUGACUGACGGUUCAGAUGCUAAACAUGGUGCGGUGAAGGGAUCAAAAGCAAAAGAGAGAAGAAUGGGCUUGCCAUUCCAAGGGAUGUUCAAGAAAGGGAUUCAUGGACUGGAAUCUCUCAAGCUCGGGUCAUAG